AUGGAAUCAAAUAAGCAGAUAAACGUUCUGGUAUCGACAUUUGGUGGCUUAGGUCUGCCUCCAACUGUUAUUUUACCCGCGCAACCCUCAACAACAAUCACAGCCUUUCGCCACCAGUUGAAUGAACGCUUGCCUGUCACAACUUCAAGACUCAUUCUCACCACCGUGUCCAACAAACAACUCCCAAAUGAAUCAGACACUCAACUCUCAUCUUAUCUAUCCACAGAAAAUGACGAAUUUCUUUCGUUACGACUCGGAAUCCCGCUAUGCGGCGGCAAGGGUGGUUUUGGUUCUCAACUGCGAGCGGCUGGCGGGCGCAUGUCAUCGCGAAAGAAGAAAACACAGGAUGACAAUGGUUCAAGCCGCAAUCUGGAUGGCCGAAGACUGAGAACGGUCAACGAGGCCAAGGCACUCGCCGAGUAUCUCGCGAUAAAGCCUGACAUGGACAUGAAAGAAAAGGAGAAGCGCCGUGCCCGCUGGGAAGAAAUUGUGCGCCAAACAGAGGCGCGAGAGGCAGAAAUAAAAAAUGGAGGCAAAAGUAUGAUUGAUGGUCAGUGGGCCGAAGACAGGGAGGAGAGCAGCGAGCGGACCCGGGAUGCAGUUCUCGCAGCAAUGAAAACCGGCAACUAUACCGACAACCUCAGCAGCUCGCACGGAUCGAGUUCUGCAGCACAUGGCGAUAGCUCAUCCGAUCGCGACGAGAAGUCUUCUGUCAGCUCUCAUGAAUCACCACCACCCGCACAGACAGUAGCGGAUAGCAAUGGGAAAGGCAAGGCUCGUGCUUUUUUGGGGUUUGACGAGGACGAUGAAUUCAUGAGUUCCGAUGAUGAAUCGGACGAUUAA